AUGUCCGUCCCCUUCGAAGUGCCGGCUGUAUUUCUGGAUCCAGACGCAGAUCUCACGCUCAAAUCAUCGGACGGAGUGAUCUUCAAAAUAUUCAAGGGCAUCCUCGUUUUCGGCUCGCAAUUCUUUCGAGACAUGUUCAAACACGCGCAUCCCGGUCAUGGAAAUGACGACGAACCCGUGAAAUGGGACGAACCCGCCGACCUCAUCGUGCUCUUGCUCUACCAGCUGUAUCCUAUGCCGAAGCCUACUCUCAUCGAUCUGGACCAGGUUUCGCGGGUCCUUAUCGUGGCCGAGAAGUGGGGAAUGGCGAGUGCCACGGAGUGUGUGAAAGUUGAGCUCCUCAACUUUCUCGAUCAGCGACCCAUCCAGGUGAUAAAGUUGGCAUCGCGGCUAGAGCUCAAAGACAUCCACGAGAAGGCUAUUCAUGAAUUCGUCAAACAACAUGAUCCGAUGGACAAGCGAUUUCGUGCAGACCUCGAGGACAUUGAUGUCACAGAACUAGCCCGGUGGUACGAUCUACGCCAGAGCUGCAUCCAAGAGUUCAAAGGGGCAAUGUCCGCCAAUCUGUUCUGCAACAGUCCUAGCGUAUCUUCGCUUAUGAAAGACAUAACAAGACACCUGGAAGGGGCGUUAUCAUCGAGUCUUAUCGUCAAUGUCUUUGGAACACAGUACAUGGACAUGGUUUGGAACUCCGGCUCCAAAUAUUGCGACUGCUGGCAUUGUAGCCAGAAAACUAUUGGGGAACGUCUCACAAAAUUCAAACGCGAGGUCGAUGGCAUUUAA